ACUGUUAUGUGGGUGAACAAGCUGAGCUCCUCGUACUUCUCACACAUACCAAACCCGAUGCCAACCUUUCUGCAUCGAUAAAAACAACAAAAAUAAUGAACCCUCCGAAUAACAAUGUCCCCUUCCAACCUGAAUCUACAAUAUCAGAAAAUAAAAGGACAAAGCCUCAGUUGGACAGGACCUAUUGAGUUCAGAUGGAAGUCUUCAUUCAAACCAUUAGAUAAAGCAGAAGAAGGAGAAGGCCCCUCUGAGGAAAAACACACAAGUAGUCCAAAGAAGGAUGAGCUCUAUAAUCCUUACGAGCCUGCUUCAUCAGACUCCGAAAAUGAGAUGCCACAGGGCCAAGAUCACACAGACUCCGAAACAGUUCAGGAUUUGGGAAGUCAGAGUUUGUCUCCAGAAAGAGGCAGCGGUGAAAAAAGCCGCUGGGACUCGUGCGUCCUGAGGCCAGGGAGCCAUCCCCUCAGCAGGCUUGACUUUGGCUCUGUAACAAUACCGAGCCUUAGUCCAGUUCAUAGACCUCCUGAUCAGCUGGCUUAUAGUCCAGACACUGAAUCGGUUGACCCAGCAGGCUGUGAGUCCAUCAACAGACCACUUGACCACCGAGUCUGCAGCCCUGACAGGCUUAUUCCUGCCUCCUCCACCCAACUGUUUCCUGCUUAUGGAGCACAGAGUACCAACGGGGAGGAGAGGAUAACGAUCCCAGAGUACAGGAGAGAGGUAUCACCAGUAAGACAGAUGACCACUGUUAGAUUAUCACCUCCCAGGUUAAAGCAGGACUAUCAGCAACAGUUGGGAUAUGUUGAAACAGAACUGGACCAAAUCCCACCUCCCAACAAGGUGCCAAGACUAGAGAGCAAAAGAACAAUAAUGGACAAGAACCCCAUUAUCUGUGACCUUUGUGAGGUUGAGUUAGCGAAUGGUCAGGAGUUGGAGGAUCACUUAGAGAGUAAGAGUCACUGGGACACGCUGGAGCACAUUCAGCAACACAAUAAUUAUGAUGAUAUCGUCAUAGCCUUCCUACAGGACGUCAUGCUGUUUAAAAGCCGUCAGUGUAGUCGAGCGAUAGAGGAUUGUGCACUUCAAGCUCUGCAGGAAAAUGACCACAUGACAAAAAUCGAACUCUUCCACUGUGCAGCUUGCAAAGCCUUCGUCUCCACAUCGGCAUCCUCAGUCCAGGCCCACAUAACCUCCCAGGAACACCUCAGUAACACACAGGAGUUUGAAGCGCGACAGAGUCAUACAUGCCUGAACAAAGCAGAAACCAUGAUGAAGGAGCUGAAACCUCAGUUUGAACACUUCCUGCAGGGUGGCAGCCCAUUUGAGUGACAGACAUCCAACUCUACAAAGUACAGUUUACGUCGAGACCCUGCUUUGCUUCAGAUGAAGAUCUUCAGAUUUGGACUUCAGUCGAAUCUUCACAUGGAUAUGGUACCUCAUGUACGAAGAACAUGUACCGAUUAUGUGUCUUUUAUGAUUUAUCUGAAUAAAUUGAGACAUUUGAAGUUGGGCUGUUUUCACAAAACAUAGAUUUCCUUGUGAUAGCUCAUUCAUUAGUUCAGUUCUCAUGCCGAUAUGUUAGCUGAAAUGCUCCCAGGCCAUCAGUCUCUGUCACUUUAAGAAGAUAAAGUCUGUCUUCGGUUUUGUUCAAGAAUCAAAUGUUUUGAUUUGUGUGCAAAAAAUAAUUGAAAAAGUCAACUUAUUUAUUUUUAUUUUAUUUAGAACAACACAAAUGUUUGAAGCAUUGUAUCUGUGUGAUAUAGUACAUUAAAAAUUAAAUUAUCUCAAAACAGUUGAAACAUUAAAUAUAGGUGACGUUGUAUGUUCAGCACUGGUUGUGCCUGUUAGGUCUUUUGAAACCACUUUCAUUUCAAAUGUUGUAUUUGUAUUAGAAACAAUGCAUUAACAGAAAUACUAUAAAACACUUUCUAUGCAUAA